UCCGUUUCCGCCCAUAACUGUCUCCAGAGAAGGCGGGAAAAGCUGAAUGGGAAAGCAGAGAAGAAGUGGGAAAGGAAGCCUGCCACCCUUUUGUUGGACUACAACUCCCAUCAUCCCUAUCAUGGCCGGGGCCACCGGCCUUUUCUAUGGAGAAAAAGAUGACAAAGACAGCCUUCCCUGCGCUGCACCCACACCGCUUCCUCCCCCGCCUUCCCAGGUUGUGACCCCUGACCCAGAAGUGGUGUUGACUCCGGAAAGGGUCGAGAACGUCACAAGAGUCAGCAGUGGGAUCCUCCGCCUGCAUCGCCCAGAAAGACCCCCGCGGAGACAAGUGCACUUCAGUCUGGAAUCUGUUCCCGUUGGACUGCAGCCUCCCAAAAAAGCAGAAGGGAAGGAGGCUCCGGUUCCUCCCGAAACGCGCCCCAAAAUCCCUGUCCAGACGGAGACGGAACCAGAGGCCAUGCCACAGCUCGGCUUUGGCCUCCUGGCCGCACCAGUUCCCCACAGCAGCCUGGCAUUGGGAGCCGAGGUGCAGGCCGCACGGACAGAGGGCUUUGACGCCCAGCAGGCAGCAGAGGAACUGGUGCAGCGUUCCUUCGGCGUCCGGUGUGCCUUGGAAGCCAAGGCGGGAGAAGGUGUGAACAUCCCUCGGGAGCAGCGUCUCUACCAGGGCCUGGUCAGCCUCGAGGUGCCCGCGGAGGAGCUGCUCAACACGGCCAUCCAGGAGAAAAUGGCCCUUGUCCGGCACCGUCCCGAAGGCAAGCAGGAGCGGCCCUGCGCCGGACCCGACCUGCUGGCCUUCUUCAACCCCGGGGAGCUCUUCACGGAGACCCCCUUCCUGGAGGUGGAGGGGCUCCCCGCUUUGAGGCUCCAGCCCCGGACAAGGGACCCAAGCACCACCUUCGCCAUGGACCGCAAGCUGCGCCAGUGGGACACCUGAGAGGAGGAAGAGCAGGACCACCACCACCAGCAAUGCUUCCGGACCCCUCCCCUUGCCGCAAGAACGGGACGAUGUUUUAAGAGACGCUGGGCUAUUUAUUCACAAGGGAAUGGGCUUCCCUCUCCCUUUUGGAGACCCUUUUUUACACAUAAAGAUGAAUCG